AUGAACGAACUCAGUUCACCCCCGCGCCCUCCAACUUCGGAGGCCGUGCAGAAGCUGUCACACAUUGCCGCUGAGAUGGCAGUUUCCACAGCGCAGAGCGAAGUCUGGGCUCAGCAGGUUCAAGAAGCCCUCUGCCGUGCGGAGGCUUUGUGCAAAGACCUGUCUCACGAUGAAAUCUGCACAGGCCUCUUGCAGGAAGCUUCGCGCAGGCAUCAGCCAGCUGGCGGUCCACAACACGAGUCUGUGCUGGAGCUGGAGCGACUGCAAGUGAUCGAGGCCAUUGAUACGUUGCUCCGAGCUCUGCGUGAGCUCGAGCAUCGAAUUGCAGCGCAUCCAUGGCUGGAAGGAGACGAAGAGAGCAGCAGCUGGGUGAGCAGUGCACAGGCUGACCUGCUGUCGCUGCAAGACAUCUUCUUGCAGAGGCAAGCUGGCUGCCACCUGAGUGCUGCAGUUUGCGAUGCCGCGCGGACAGCACUGAAGGUCGUUGCAGGACGCCUGGCCGAAGCACUGGCAGCUUUGCCGCGCUUCGUCACCUGCAAGCUGCAAAGCUCAGGCGGCUGA